AUCUUUUUCUCUGAUUUCUUGGGUCAGUAUUCUUCUUCAUAGAUUGUUUCAUUGUUUGCUCUGUCUUGUUGCGUUCUAGGUUUUGUUUGUUCUGUCUACCUCUGUAAUUUCUCUGUUUUGCUCUCUAGGGUCUUUUUAAUUUGAUGCUAAUUACAUUAUUUUUGCUUCUAAGUGGAUGCAAUUAGAUUAUUAUUUUCAUAGAAUGUAAUGAUUUCUUCGGAGUAACAGCUUGUUUAGUUGAACAAAUGGUUUUGUGGAAUAAGUAUUUGAUUCUUUGGCCUUAAAGUUAAUCUCUUUUCUAAUGUAACUUAAAGUCAUAUCUUGUUAUUUUCAUUUGCUUAAUCAAAAAUAGAAACUUGACUUGGGGUUUACAUUCUUGCGUCUUUCUAAUGUUAUCAUGAUGUAUCACACUGUUAUUUGUAUUUUCCAGGUGAGAAAAUAACAAAGCUAGCUAGAAAUGGAACAGUAUGAGUUUCUUGAGCAAAUUGGAAAAGGAUCUUUUGGGUCAGCUCUUUUAGUGAGACAUAAGCAUGAGAAGAAAAAAUAUGUAUUGAAAAAGAUCCGUCUUGCCCGGCAAACUCAAAGGACCAGACGAUCUGCACAUCAAGAGAUGGAGCUUAUCUCGAAAAUGCGUCAUCCAUUUAUCGUGGAAUACAAAGACUCUUGGGUGGAAAAGGCUUGCUAUGUGUGCAUUGUCAUAGGUUAUUGUGAAGGAGGAGACAUGGCACAAGCUAUCAAGAAAUCCAAUGGUGUGCAUUUUCAGGAAGAGAAACUGUGCAAGUGGCUUGUUCAGCUCCUGAUGGGCCUUGAGUACUUACAUUCUAACCAUAUUCUUCAUCGUGAUGUCAAGUGUUCUAACAUAUUCUUGACCAAAGAGCAAGAUAUACGCCUUGGUGAUUUUGGGUUAGCCAAGAUUCUAACAUCCGACGAUCUCACAUCCUCUGUUGUCGGGACUCCCAGCUAUAUGUGCCCUGAGCUUUUAGCUGAUAUACCUUAUGGUUCCAAAUCUGACAUUUGGUCUUUAGGGUGCUGUAUAUAUGAAAUGGCUUAUCUUAAGCCGGCAUUUAAAGCAUUUGAUAUGCAAGCACUGAUUAAUAAGAUAAACAAGACGAUUGUGUCUCCGCUCCCUGCCAAAUAUUCUGGUCCAUUCCGAGGUCUCGUCAAAAGCAUGCUGCGGAAAAACCCAGAAGUUCGGCCAUCUGCCUCAGAUUUACUUAGACAUCCACAUCUUCAGCCUUAUGUUCUGGAUGUCAAGCUUAGGCUCAAUAAUCUUAGACGCAAAACAUUACCGCCUGAGUUGCCGAGUUCCAAGAGGAUUAUGAAGAAAGCUCAUUUUUCUGAACCAGCUGUCACUUGUCCAGCCUUUGGAGAACGACAACAUAGGUCUCUCUGGAAUGACAGAGCUCUGAAUCCAGAAGCUGAAGAAGACACUGCAUCUUCUAUUAAAUGUAUUAGUCGCAGAAUUUCAGAUUUAUCGAUUGAGAGCAGCAGUAAAGGAACAUUGAUAUGUAAGCAAGUUUCUUCAAGUGCAUGUAAGGUCUCAAAGUAUCCUCUUGCAAAAUCUUCAGUGACAUCCAGAAGAAUCAUGGAAACUGGACGGAGAUCCGACCACUUGCAUCCGGUUUCAGGUGGUGGUACCACCAGCAAGAUAAUUCCAUCAGCUCGCCGGACUUCUCUACCACUCACGAAAAGAGCUACAAACCAAGAAGUUGCAGCUUACAACCCAAUAGUUGGGAUCUUGCAGAAUGUCAAGUCUCCAGAAUAUUCCAUUAAUGAGCCACAAGUUGAUAAGAUUGCCAUUUUUCCAUUAGCUCCAUAUGAACAAGACAUCUUCUUUACUCCCAUGCAAAGGAAAACAUCGUCUAAAAGCUCCUCUGUCUCAGACCGCUCUAUAACAAAAGACAAAUGCACAGUUCAAACUCAUACGACGUGGCAGGGAAUCCAACUCAACAUGGUAGAUAACAUAAGCGACGGGUCAUCAUCAUCUGAUCAGAAUGCAACAGCUGGUGCAUCAAGCCACACCACAUCCUCUAGUUCAAGAAGAUGUCGGUUUGACCCAUCAUCGUAUCGUCAACGGGCUGAUGCUUUGGAGGGGUUGCUUGAGUUUAGUGCCAGAUUGUUACAAGAAGGGAGAUAUGAUGAACUCAAUGUAUUGCUUAAGCCUUUUGGUCCAGGAAAGGUGUCUCCCAGAGAAACCGCGAUAUGGAUCGCAAAGAGCUUGAAGGAGAAUCGAGACAAGACCAAAAUGGUAGAUCUAAAUGUUUCUAGAGAGAUACCACAUGUGGGUCUCCUCUGACAGGCUCCACAUUGUCAUAACGUUCGGUUUAGUUCGGUUUUAGCAAAAAGAGAGAAGAGAAAGAACUGGGUUAUGCUUCUGGGAUUUGCAGGAGCUAGAGUUGGUUUAGGUUUAGUUUGAUGGCUGACACUUUUAAAAGAUGAGUAACAGUAUUAGUAGGUUGCGUUGGAUGGUCUUUGCUUUAGUCGAACCGGUAGCUUUGCAUUUGUAAUCUGUACACUUGAUAGUGUUAACACCUUUUAUAACUUGUAUUACUAUAGACUUCAUAAAAGUUUCCAAUCUCU